CGUUAAUCAUCAUUAUCAUGUGGCAAGCCAUCUUCCUGACGAUUGUGGCCACGGCCGGCAAUAACGUCGGCAAGGUGCUGCAGAAGAAGGGCACCCAAUUUCUGCCUCCUUUUUCGCUGAAAUUGAAGGUUUUUUGUACCUUAGCAUGAUCACGUGUUUGAAUCCCCUUUUUCCCUUCGGCGUUGAUCAGCUGCUUUAGGUUUGAAAUUGGCGAUCUUCAUGUUAUUGACUGCUUAUGAGAACAUUUUUUCUCUUAUUGUUGGAUUCCGCCGAGGAUGGUGUUCGCAUAGUAUCUAUUUGUAAGGAUCCGCUCAUGUCGGUGAUGGAAGUUUGCCACCGGAUGGGAUAGUGCAAUGGCACACGGGAAAAUCUUCUUUGGAGAUUGGGAACGGCCAUCAUCUUGUUGGAUCCACAGUAUGUUCUGUUCGGUUGAUGACCGAAGGGACUUGUCACCGUGCUCUUGAAAAACUAAAAGGUGAUAAGCGCAUACAUGACGAACAAGACAUGGAUUACUGGCUUUAUGAUUGAUAUUGCCGGGGCAGUAUUGAUGCUGAGUGCUUUAUCUCAAGCUCCUGUGUCUAUUAUACAACCUGUUUCUGGAUCUGGACUAGCGAUUCUAUGUGUUUUUUCGCACUUUUAUUUGAAAGAGAUCAUGGAUCCUCUUGAUUGGGUGGGGAUCACGUUGGCUGGCUUUGGCACAAUAGGUGUUGGUAUUGGAGGAGAGGAGCAAGAACUUUCCAACAUAUCUCUUUUCAGUUUGCCGUGGCUCGUUUUUGUUGUUGCCAUCUUGUUUGUCCUUCUAAAUGGUUGGCUUCAUAUACGAAAGCGCCAGCGCCGAGAUGAAGAGCUGGGUCACUCUGAUGUUCUGGAGGAGAUCAUAUUUGGUUUGGAAGCAGGAAUUUUGUUUGGGAUGGCAUCAGUCAUAUCAAAGAUGGGUUUUAUAUUUACAGAACAAGGUUUCUCAAGGAUAUUUAUUCCUUUAUGCAUUUCUGUCAGUGUGUGUUGCAGUGCCAUCGGAUUUGUCUAUCAGACUCGAGGCUUAAAGCAUGGGAGGGCCAUUGUUGUGUCAACUUGUGCAGCUGUGGCAUCAAUUUUAACUGGCGUACUUGCUGGUAUGCUUGCACUAGGGGAGAAGUUGCCAUCGGGAUCAUUGGCCCGCACUGUCCUUUUGGUUGGAUGGUUGCUGAUCAUUGUUGGUGUGGUCUUGCUGGUAUGUUCAAGAAGGCUACGCUCUCUUCUGCCUAGAUCAUUGCGACGACGUCUCCCCACUGGAGCUACUGAGAGGAAUGCUUCCUUUAGAAAGUCUGGUUCUGUUCAUGGUUGGGAGCCGAAUCCUGUUUCUCUUGUUCCAACAAACCCAUUGCUUCAUUUGAAAGCCUCUCCUGCAAAAGCGAAGCCUUGACAGAAGAUAUACCGGAAGAAAAUAAUUGUUCGCUUGGUGCCGUCGUUAUUGAAAUUCUUUCUGUAAGUAACCAAAUGGCAGAAAAUUGUAAGAUGAGAUCCCGGAUUGUAUAUUUUGUGUAGCCCGACUUGGGGCCUUUUACUUAAGGAUUAGCCCGAGUUCUGCUGCUCUUAUCAUUACCUGGAUCAAUGUUAUGACGAUGUGGAUAUCGGCCAAUAUGCAUUGCAUCAGACCCCCACCACAAGAUGCUGGGAAUACAGUGACUACUGAUAUAUGGAUUCUCAAAUAUUUCAAGUAUGGGCCCAUGUGGAACCAAUCGAACCAUAUUGACUUGUAUAAACUGAUUAAUGAUGUAUUGACCAACAUUUGCACAAAGUUGUAACAAUUUGUUUCCUUUGUCA